AUGGACAUAGGAGACGCUAACAUUGUCUUCAAGCUGAAGAAGCGGUACCGGAGAUCCAGUCCCACGCAAAGGCUAGUGGUUGGUCUUGUCUCCCUGCUUGUCUUGUACCUAUUGUGGCCAAGUUCGAAAGGCAAGUCUGCUAGCUCAUUCGAGGAUUUUUCAUCUCAAGUGCUUCAGGAAGAUUCUGAAUCGGCUGAUUAUGAGGUCAAGCGAUCUGAGGUGGCGUAUUUGGCUCUGAAACCUCCAUUUUUCAACCCUUCAACCUUGUCUCUAUUCAACUACCAGAAUGGUGGUAAUAUGAUGAUCAACAGAAAGGACAAUAAAGUGAGAUUGGUCAGAGACAGUCCCCAUCAAGUUGGUUAUCUUACUUCAAAUUUGCCAAUCGGUGUUUCCAGCGGAAAAGCAUUCGAACUGAAUGCGGAGUUUUCAGUGAAUGGCCCAGUUGUCAGGAACGGACUCUAUGGAGACGGUAUGGCGAUUUGGUUAAGCGAAACGCCACUAGAGCAAGGCGACGUUUUUGGACUGAGAGAUGGGACCAGAGGGCUUGGAAUCUUUGUGGAUACGUACAAAAAUGGACCCAAGGGCAAGUCGCAUGGAAACAAUAAUCAGUUUCCAUAUUGCUCUAUUCAACAUAAUACCGACGGAAUUCCUCACUACGACAAGUCGAGGGACGGUGCUAACACAGAAAUAGGAGGUUGUUCUCUAAAGGGCAUUUACAAUGCAGAAGGUAAUGCGCUUAUGAGAUUGUUGUACAUACGGUCACAGGGUUAUCUGAUGGUUGAGUUUGACAUGAAGAGUGAUGGCAACUGGAAAAAGUGUGUGGAGACUACCGGUGUUGAUCUCCCCGAAUCCAUGUAUCUUGGAUUCAGUGCUGAAACUGGUGAUCUCAUGCACAAUGUUGAUCUGUUCCAGGCCUCUGUCUACGAGCUCAGUGCAAGCAACGGUGAGCCGGUGACCUCACCUGACACCGUGGCACCACUGUAUGCCACGGAGGAAUCGUCCAAAGAAAUCAAUGAUAAAGCUGACGCGACCAAGAAAGCGGGAAAUAGGAGGCUUCCCAAGAGAAAAGGCGGCCCAAGGAGGAGGACAAUGUCAAGACUGAAGAGAUCGGAGGAGAAGGCCAAGCUCAAAGCCAAGGAACAACCUAGCGUUGUUCACAGUUUCUUUGGGUUCAUUUGGAGGCUAAUAAAGAUGACUUUGUACGCGGUUCUUUUUAUCAUAGUUUCCUACAUUGCAUGGUGCGUUUAUCGUGUUCAGAGAGAAAAGGCCAAGAGAAGGAAGCAAGGUGGGUUGCUUUGA